AUGGAAAAGGAUUCGCUCGGUGGCAGCAAAUAUUUGCUGCUGAUCAUCGACGAAGCCAGUGGAUGCAUGAAGGGCUUUUGUCUACGAGUGAAGUCCGAGGGUGAAGACUACAUCCGGAAAUAUAUCACCAUGGUACAGACGCAAUUCUGUAAGAAGGUCAAGUUCGUGCGACACGACGGAGCUCGCGAGUUUGCAACCAACUCGCUUCAACUGUUCUACGAAGACGAAGGCAUUGAACAGCAGACAACGGUGCCGUAUGCACAUCAAACAAACGGAACAGCAGAGCGUGCCAUUAGGACUAUUGUCACGAUCGGCCGCAGCAUGCUUCAUCAUGCCAAACUGGACAAGUGUUUCUGGGCCGAAGCAGCGAUGACGGCCAUCUACGUCAAGAAUCGACUGCCGUCACCUAAAGUCGUGCACAAGACCCCGUUUGAGAUCGUCUACAACUUGAAACCAAGCGUCAAGCACAUGCGAACAUUCGGGUGUCAGACAUACAUACUGACGCCUAAAGAGAAUCGACUCAAGUGGGAUCCAAAGGCUCGCGCUGGCAUAUUCGUGGGCUACGAAGAAGUUUCGAAGGCAUAUCGUGUUUAUGACAUCGAGGCGGGGCAGGUGGUUAUCAGCCGCGAUGUCAACUUCGACGAGUCCACCUUUGGACUUCAACUGCCGAUCACUGAUGAAGAUGUCGAUGACCUGGACUUCGAAUUGCUGGAUCUUGAUGACGAAGAGCUGCGUCAAAUGGAGUACAAGCAAACAGGCAAGCGCAAGAACCGACUCAAUGAUGAAGAUACAGCAGCUCCACGACCGCGUGCAGUGCGUCAACGACCAGGACUAGAAGAGUCAAGCGCGCCGGAAAACAACUCGUCACGACAAGAAGAAGACGAAGAAACGAAGGAUUCUGGUGAUUCAACACCGCCUGUGUUUUGGCGUGCGAGUGCAAAUGCCGUUGAAGCAGCAGUGGACUUAUCAGAACCCUCAACAUUUGAAGCAGCAGUAAGCGGCCCUGACCAAGUGCACUGGAGAAAAGCAAUUCAUGCAGAGCUCGAGUCAAUGCGACUUCGCGGUGUGUUUCGUGCAGCCAAGCUGCCCAACGGACAACGCGCCAUUGGCACAAAAUGGGUGUUCAAGAUCAAGCGCAAGGCGGAUGGGUCAAUCGAGAAGUACAAGGCACGACUUGUGGCCAAGGGUUUCCGCCAAAAGUAUGGCAUCGACUACACGGAGACGUUUUCGCCUGUGGUCAAGUAUGUGACGCUGCGAAUGGUGAUCGCAAUUUCCAAGCAUUUUGGAUGGCCCAUCGACCAGCUUGAUGUGGUGACAGCUUUCCUGUAUGGCGUCAUGAAGGAACAAGUGUUCUGCGUGAUUCCUGAAGGCGUCGAACUUGACAGUACGUUCGACUGCCUGGAAUUGGUGAAGUCAAUUUACGGCCUCAAGCAAGCGUCGCGAGUGUGGAACGAGACGUUCGACGAGUAUGUGUGCUCCAUCGGAUUUCAAGUAUCGGACUUCGACCCAUGUCUCUACAUCAAGACUUCGGACGGCCAUUGCGUGUUUAUACUGGUCUACGUGGACGACGUCUUGGUGACUGGAAGCUCACUCGAGCUGAUUGCACAAACCAAGAACGACCUGAAGACGCGGUUCGAAAUGACGGACAGUGGCAAGUGUGCGUUUGUUCUUGGGAUCGAGCUUUUGGACGGUGAAGAUGGCAGUGUGACACUAUGUCAGCGUCGGUAUGUCGAUGAUAUCCUCAAGCGCUUUGGCAUGGAUGAUUGCAAGGCAGUCGCAAGUCCAGUCGACAUGAGCUCUCGACUUGUUUCAAGUGAUGCAACUACCAAGGUCGAUGCUCCUUUUCGCGAAGCUGUUGGUGCGUUGAUGCACCUGACCACUGCAACGCGUCCGGACAUUGCGUUUGCUGUGGGCUAUGUGUCGCGGUUCAUGGAAAAUCCCCAAGAAGAACACUGGGUUGCAGUUAAGCGUAUCUUUCGCUACCUACAAGGCACCAAGACGCAUGGAAUUUGCUACAAGCCAAGUGCAAGGAUCGACUUCCGUGGAUAUUCGGAUGCGGAUUGGGCUGGUGAUCUUACCGACCGCAAGUCAACAUCGGGGUACACGUUCAUGCUACUCGGUGCGCCAGUCAGUUGGGGCAGCAAGAAGCAGCCAAGUGUUUCGUUGUCCACGAGUGAAGCCGAAUACAUCGCACUCAGCUUGGCGAUUCAAGAGGGCAAGUGGAUUCAUCGUCUGCUUUGUGAGAUCGUGAUGGCUGCCAAUGAAGAAGGACCGGAACUCAUGAUCCAUGAAGACAAUCAGUCGUGUAUCAAGAUGACGAAGAACCCAGUCAACCACGGCCGUGCCAAGCACAUUGAUAUCAAGUACCAUCACAUCCGUGAUGAGGUCAAGCGCGGUGAAGUGAAGCUCAAGUACUGUGAAACUGCGGUGAUGUUAGCGGACAUCAUGACGAAGGGACUUCACGGGCCACGCCACAAGGAGAUGACGGCGACUCUCGGGAUUCGUGAGCAUUCGGAUUGA